CACCAUUACAAAUCAGAUUUGAGGUGUGAAGCAAGCGUGAAAUCAGAGUCUCAAGAAGAAGAAGAAGAUGAGUAGCACUGCACAAACUCCCCAUUCACUGGCCUUCCGAGUAAUGAGACUCUGCAGGCCAUCUCUUCACGUUGAAAUCCCACUUCGUUUCGAUCCCUGCGAUCUGCUCUUCGGCGAAGACUUGUUCGACGACUCCAUUGCCGCCGAUAACCUCCCUCGUCUCCUCUCCGGCUGCGAAUCGGUCACCUCCGGAGACAAUGUGGCUGACCCAUCAGAUCUCUCAUACCGCUCCAGAUUCCUUCUCGAACAGUCAUCGGACUCCCUCGGCCUCCCAGGCCUCCUCGUCCUUCCGCAAUCAUUCGGGGCAAUAUAUCUGGGAGAGACGUUCUGCAGUUAUAUAAGUAUAAACAACAGUUCAAAUUUCGAAGCUAGGGAUGUUGUAAUCAAGGCAGAAAUCCAAACAGAAAGGCAGCGGAUACUUCUUUUAGAUACAUCGAAAUCUCCUGUCGAGUCCAUACGAGCAGGGGGGCGAUAUGAUUUCAUUGUAGAACAUGAUGUGAAAGAACUUGGUGCACAUACAUUGGUAUGCACUGCUCAAUAUAAUGAUGGUGAUGCUGAGCGUAAAUAUCUACCACAGUUUUUCAAAUUCAUAGUCACAAAUCCCCUUUCUGUUAGAACAAAGGUUCGCAUUGUUAAGGACACUACAUUUUUAGAGGCUUGUAUAGAGAACAAUACGAAGUCUAAUCUCUAUAUGGACCAAGUUGACUUUGAACCUGUUCAAAAUUGGGUCACUACAGUACUAAGACCUGAUGAUAAUCAAUUGGAGAAAAAUCCAUUGGUGAGAGAGUUAUUUAAGCCUCCAGUUAUCAUAAGAUCCGGGGGAGGUGUUCAUAAUUUUCUCUACCAAUUGAGGUUAUUACCAGAAGGGUCUCAAUUACCGAAAGUUGAGGGAAGCAAUAUCCUGGGAAAACUUCAGAUUACAUGGCGCACAAAUUUGGGUGAACCAGGGCGUCUCCAGACACAACAUAUUCUUGGUAAUCCUAUUGUUCUCCAAGACAUAGAGUUGGCAGUAGUGGAGGUCCCACCUGUCAUCAUCUUUGAAAAACCUUUCUUGGUACGCUUCAAUCUCACAAAUCAGACAGACAGGAUAUUGGGCCCUUUUGAAGUUUGGUUGUCACAAAGUGAUUCACUUGGUGAAACAUCUGUGAUGGUCAAUGGUCCUCAAACAAUGACUUUGCAACAGGUAGAAGCAUUUGGCUCUUCAGAGUUUCAUCUGGACUUGAUAGCUAUAGAACAAGGGAUACAAAAAAUCGCAGGCAUAACUAUGUUCGACAUGCAUGAGAAGAAAACUUAUAAUUCUUCAUUAGAAUUGGAAAUAUUUGUUGAUCCAGAAUAGUACCCAACUAGUUUUGGGUGCAGAACCAUACCAAAUCUCAUUCUCUGCUUUUUAUGGAGGAGCAUCUUCCCAGUCCAAGAAGACAUGGUCAUAUGUUGCAUUCGUUGGAAAGAAUUAAGCAGGAAUUUUUUCAUAAGCACAUAGCGGUGUUAGGUCUUGAGACAACAUGGUCAGAUGUUGCAUUCGAGUCUUAAUAUGCUCUUCCAUCUUUCACCUACAUACCUUCAUUGAUGACGUACUGAAAUUUGGGGAAAUUGGUGUCGCUUCGUCUUGUAAUUUGCAAGUUGAGUCUACUUCUAGAGUUCUAGAACAAUGUGGACAUAUUUUUGUCUACAACGAGGAAUGAUAAAAAGUCAACUUAUAUGUAAUCCUUCUUCUACAUGGGACAUGGCAUUACAUGCAAUAUAAGAGCAUAUAUAAAAAUAUAAGGGUU